AUGUAAUCUCUAUUAGGUUUAGUAACAAAUACUUCAGCCAAUAUUUCAAUAGAAUUAGAUGGAUAAGAUACCAGAAAAAAAACAACUAUACGUGUUAAGGGAGAAGAUCCGUUUAAGUUAUUAGUUUAUACAGGAGAUGAUGAUAUAAGUGGUGUUGUAGAUAUAAGAUUAAAAGGAAAAAACUAGACCAUUAAGGAAUUAAAAUAGAAUUAGUUGGACAUCUAGGUUUUAUAUGACUCUAAAUAAAAUACUGAUUUUAUGAGUAUGUCAAGAGAAUUAGAGCCAGUAGGAACAUUAUUAGAUGAUAAAAAAUUCAAAUUUUUAUUCCCAAAGUUUGAAAAGUAAAUGGAAACAUAUUAUGGAAAUACAGCAAAAAUUAGAUAUUUUUUAAGAGUUACUAUUAAUAGAUAAUAUGGGCAAAAAAUUUAGUAAAAUUAAGAUUUCGCAGUUAUUUUACCAAAUCCAUAAAUCGAAAAAUUAGAAAAUAACAUUAUUAGAUUAGAAGUAGGAAUAUAAGAAUGUUUACAUAUAGAAUUUGAAUUUUCAAAAGAUAAAUAUCAUUUAAAAGAUUGUCUCAUCGGAAAAGUAAGCUUUUUAUUAGUGAAAAUCAGAAUCAAACACAUGCAAUUAUAGAUAAUAAAAUAAGAAACAACUUAUAAUAAUGGAUAACCUAAUAAAGAUAAUGAUACAUUAGUUGAUUUUGAAAUUAUGGAUGGAUGCCCGAGAAAAGGAGAAGUUAUUCCAAUCAGAUUAUAUUUAAGUGGGGUUGAUUUAACUCCCUCUUAUACUGAAACGAGUUAUAGCAAAUUUUAAGUCAAACAUUUUAUUAAUCUUAUUUUAAUCGAUGAUGAGGGGAAAAGGUAUUUCAAAUAAUAGGAAAUUACUGUUUAUCGUAAAAAAUGA